AUUAAUAUUUAAUGGAAGAUGGCUGCGUUUCUUAACUAAACCGCCGGAGCUGAGAAAUAAAGCAACCCCGCAGGACGGAGACGUUUUCCCGGCCUCACAUCGAACCGAUUCGAUGUGUUUGACUUCACGCUGAGCCGAACCGAGCCGUGAAGUGAAAGAGAAGUGAGGAAAAUGGAUCGACUCCCGCUUUGAUGGAUGAAAGAUCGUUUUUCUCCUCUGCUCCGAGAUCAGCGAACAAUCGAGCGAAAGAUGAUGCGCCAGGUGACCACCACUGACUUCUGCAUGAGCAGCAGGCCGUCUUGCCUGGCAGAGGAUGCCCAGCACCCUACUGCUCAUUUCGAACUCUGCACCUCGCAGCCCAACAAGUUCUACCCUCCCCCCCCUCCUACCUCCCUUCAGAUGACACUGGCACCCAUGGCCUUACCCACCCAGAGCCAUAAGCCGAUGGUGUGUCACAGACAGGAUAUUCUGGGAGGAGACCCACGUUCACCUGGAAAGGUACCUGGCUUAAAAGGCUCAGAGCAAACACCCAAUGAUGCUAAGAAAAAGACCAAAGGUGCUGGGAAGACGGGCAGACGAGGCCGGCCGCUGGGAACCACCAAGCUGGCCGGAUACAGAACCAGCACCGGACGACCCCUUGGCACCACCAGAGCCGCGGGGUUCAAGACGAGCCCGGGAAGGCCGCUUGGCACGACCAGAGCCGCCGGAUACAAAGUCAGCCCUGGACGGCCUCCUGGCAGCAUCAAAGGCCUGUCCAGACUCAACAAACUGGCUUACAGCAGCGCCUGCAGCGGAGCGGCGUUCCCCUACCCAAUACCACACAAAGAAAUCCUCUGUGAACCUUCCUGCAAAGAGAAGCCAGGUAACGAGGAAAGGCUCUGCCCUGUUUCUGCUUCACCCUGAGCUGCUCACAGCUAGAAACACUGCUUGUCCUUGUUGGGCAGAGAUGACAUUUUUUAAAAUAUAUUUGUCUUGCUGUCAUUCUGUGCUCCUGUCACCGGAUUGAUCUCCAGUUUGUUCCUCAGUGCUAACGUUUGAUAUUUCUUAUAGAUUCAUCAAGGGUUUUUCAUGGGAACAAAGAUGGCUGUUCAUUAAGCAGUCACAGUAGCAGCUUCAUUUUAGACUUAUGUGUAGCAUUUUAAAACAAGUUAAGGAAAAUGAAUUUGGGUGUGCAUUGCUGCCAACAAAAACAACUUUUGAAGAAACGUGGGAAACUGCCUGACCUAAAAAAAAAACAAGUUUUACAUUUUUCAACAUACUUCUCCUCUUAUCUCUAAUUUUGAUGGUAUAAUUGAUAUAAUAUAAUAUAUUUGACUAAUAUUAUUUUUUGUUACUCUUAUCAUUUCAAGGAAAUAUUUAAUUGUGUUCUUUGUUGUGUUCUUGCUUGUCUGUUAUAUUCACUUCCAUUAAAGAAAUUUAGAGAUAUUUUAAAAAGUUGCAAAAGGAAAAAAACUGCAUUGAGGCUGCUGAAAAUGAAGCUAAAAGUUGUUUAGGAGUGAUAAUUCAGGACUGGAAUGCCAAAAUU